GUCCCUGGGAGCCGCCGCAGGUGCGGCCGGUGCAGGUGAGCCCCGGGCCCUGCCCCCACCCAAAUAAUUCCCAAAAUUCCCCAAAUCCCGAAAGUUUCUGCCUCCAACUCAGCCCGGGGAGCCCGGAGUGCCAGGCGGAUUUGGGGUCCCCCCUGGCCUGCCAGGAGCGGGGGCUCUGGUUCCUGCUGGGGGUGGCGGCCCCGGGGGGCUGCGGGGGGGGAGGGGCGGACCCCCCCCGUUUCACCGCCCUGCCCCCACACCAGCGCUGGAUUUCGGGGGUCGCCCGCCAGGUUUUGUUCGCCGAGACCCCCCCGGACCCCCGGGACGAGGAGCGGGAAGAGCUCGAGGGGGACCCCCAAAAUCUGGGGGGCCCCGAUUCGGGGCGGGGGGACCCCGAUGUUGGGGGGGGGGACCCCGAUUUUGGGGGGGGGGACCGCGAUUUUGGGUGGAAUUCGGGGGGUCCCGGCAACGGGAGCGGCUCCUGGGAUUGGGGGAACCCCGUGACGUCAUCGCCCGCGGAGGUUUCGGGGACCCCCGUGACGUCAUCGGCCGCGGGGAACCCCGUGACGUCAUCGCCCGUGGAGGUUUUGGGGACCCCUGUGACGUCAUCGCCCGCGGAGGUUUCAGGGAACCCCGUGACGUCAUCGCCCGUGGAGAGUUCGGGGACCCCCGUGACGUCAUCGCCCGCGGAGGUUUCGGGGACCCCCGUGACGUCAUCGCCCGCGGAGGUUUCGGGGACCCCCGUGACGUCAUCGGCCGCGGGGAACCCCGUUACGUCAUCGCCCGUGGAGAGUUCGGGGACCCCCGUGACGUCAUCGCCCGCGGGGAACUCCGUGACGUCAUCGCCCGCGGAGAGUUUGGGGACCCCCGUGACGUCAUCGCCCGCGGGGAACCCCGUGACGUCAUCGCCCGCGGAGGGUUCGGGGACCCCGAGCGACCCGGAAAUUUCGGGGACCCCCGUGACGUCAUCGCCCUCGGGGCCCCCCGUGACGUCACCGGAAAUUUCCGGGGUCCCCCAGGGCGGGGGCGGGGCCGGAACUUCCGGAAACGCCGAAAUUUCGGGGGGUCCCCCUUGA